AUUGAAUGCUUACAUAACGGCAGUUUUCACUGCUCUGAUCACUUUUGCAUCCCUAUGAAUGAAAAAUGUGAUGGAGUUAAAGAUUGUGAAAAUGGGAAAGAUGAAAUUGGAUGUGAAACAGGUAUAUUAAAUGUUAAAGGUGUGACGGAGGCACGUAGGAAAGAAAUAACAUGGAUAAAAAGCAAGCGAUCUUCUUCUUGGGGAUGGCAUGAAAAUACUCCACGAGUUCUAUUUUCUCUCUUCUUAUCAGGAGGAGUCAAAUUUGACGGAACAAUCCAUGAAGAAGAAUUAAUGGCAAAACAAACAGAGCUUAAGACUUCUAUUUCUCUGCUUAAGAACCCUCUUUCAGCUCAACAACUAAGCAUGUUUAUAAACAGCUUAUUGGUGACGUGUCACAAUCCUCGUCAGUUCUAUGGACAGAACCUGAUAAAGCGUUUAAAAGAGCAAGUGCAGUCUACGACUAACUUCACGCAUCCAAUAGCAUAUUUAACUCUCUGCAAUGCUAAAGAACCAUGGCCGCUUAAAGCAUUUACAGAUAUUAACAAAAUAUUGAGCACCGAUGCUGAUUAUCCCUUUGUUAGAGACUAUCAAGCAUUUGCUGUAAUGGCAGUUUCGUGUUAUGAGAACCAAACGAAACUGCUGAAUAAAGUUGAAUAUAGCAGUUUAAAAACCAAUUAUGAAAACGUCAUUAAACUUUUUAAGGAGACUCAACUUUCUGAUGGAAGUUUUGGAAAUCUGCAUACAACUUCAUUGAUAACCCAGGCUUUAAUAUCGAGUGGUCAGGAGUAUGAAAAAGACUGGAAGCUCAAUGCAACUGUUCAUUAUCUAUUAGAGCAACUGUCUUCUCCUCAUGAUGUUGUCUCUAGUUCUCUAACUCUUCCUGUUCUCAAUGCAAAAAGUAUAAGUGACAUCUCAAAGGUUAAUUGCACUUUGAAUCCUAGAAGAAAUGGAUAUGAUAACCAAGCUUCUGAAACAAAAGACUAUACAGGUCCAAAAAUGCGUGUCCAGUAUUCACUUUACGUGGGAGACGAAAAAGAUGUGAUCCAUACGAUUUCCCUAAGAGUUCCAGAGAACUACACGGCUUAUGAAGUGAUGAAAUUAGCUGAAACAGAAGAUCCAAAAUACACAUUUAAAUACAAAAAGAUUUCUGGCAUGAUGUAUGUGUAUCAAAUUGAUAAAGCAAUUAAUGAUCCUGAAGGAGGCUAUUUCUGGACUCUUUAUCAAGGCCAAGAAACUAUUAAUGCAACUCUUAACCACUACACUUUGAGUAAGUCGUUCAUAAACUACAAUUUACACUAAUUUACUACUUCGGAG